UUACUGAACUCUGCAGGCGCCGAACAGACCCCGCCAAAACUCGAAAGCAGGGGAGGCGACCUAAAACUUUGCAACGGAAGGAAACGGUCUGCUUCCUUCCAUUUCCAUCCAUGGCCUUCGUCAAUCCCAGAUUACGCUUCUGCCACUCUCUCACUCGCACUUCCAAAUUCUAUUCUUCUUCUUCUUCGUCCUUAGCUUUAGUUUCAGAAACUACCCUUCAACAAGAAGGGGAUGAAACGCCCCAAAGCACUUCCUUAUCCCCCGAAGAAAACCUUGUAGCUGAAAAUUUUCAUGCUUUAAUCAAAGACCAUUACCGCAACAACCCCAACCCUAACUCCAUUCCACCCACCCCUUAUUUCACUAUACCCGAUCUCUCCCUUGACUUCUCUCGAAUAACCGCCCACCGCCCUCCUUCUCCCUCAGUCGUCCGCCGCGUGCUUGAUAAGUGCGGCGGCGUCCGUCACGGUAUCCCUUUCCUCCAGUCCCUCGCUUUCUUCAAUUGGGCCACCACGUACGAGGGUUUUCCCACCGCGCCGGAGCCCUAUGUGGAGAUGAUUGACCUUGCCGGAAAGCUCAAGCACUUCGAUUUAGCAUGGCAUCUCAUCGAUUUGAUGAAAACCCGAGGUGUCCCAAUAACCGUCGAGACGUUCUCUUUCCUCGUCCGGCGAUACGUGAGAGCAGGAUUGGCUGCGGAGGCCGUCCACACUUUUAACCGUAUGGAAGAUUAUGGCUGCACGCCUGACAAGAUAGCCUUUUCCAUUGUCAUUAGUGUUUUGUGCAAGAAGAGAAGGGCAAGCGAAGCUCAGUCUUUCUUUGAUAGCUUGAAGCACAGAUUUGAGCUCGAUGUCAUAGUGUACACCAACCUGGUUCGUGGUUGGUGCCGAGCGGGUAAUAUUUCAGAGGCCGAGCGUGUGUUUGGGGAGAUGAAGAUGGCUGGAAUCAAACCGAAUGUUUAUACUUACAGCAUCGUGAUUGACUCACUGUGUCGGUGUGGACAAAUCACUCGUGCGCAUGAUGUUUUCUCUGAGAUGAUAGAUGUGGGUUGUGAUCCAAAUUCCAUUACUUUCAACAAUCUCAUGCGUGUUCACGUCAAAGCUGGAAGGACUGAAAAGGUAUUGCAAGUUUACAAUCAGAUGAAGAGACUUGGAUGUCCUCCUGAUACGAUCACCUAUAAUUUCCUCAUAGAGACACAUUGUAAAGAUGAUAAUCUUGGGGAAGCUAUCAAGGUUCUCGAUUCAAUGGUCAAGAAGGGGUGUGCUCCUAAUGCCUCUACUUUCAAUCUUAUAUUCAGAUGCGUAGCUAAGUUGCAUGAUAUAAAUGGUGCUCAUAGGUUGUAUGCUAAAAUGAAAGAACUCAAGUGCCAGCCCAAUACCCUGACCUACAAUAUAUUAAUGGGCAUGUUCAGUCAUGCGAGAUCUACCGAUAUGGUGCUCAAAAUGAAGAAGGAAAUGGAUGAGAACGAAGUUGAGCCUAAUGUGAAUACUUACCGGUUGUUGAUCUCAAUGUAUUGUGGAAUGGGGCACUGGAACAAUGCGUACAAGUUACUGAGAGAGAUGGUAGAAGAGAAGUGCUUAAAACCGAAUCAAGGGGUUUAUGAGAUGGUUCUGAGCGAGCUGAGGAAGGCAGGGCAGUUAAAGAAGCAUGAGGAGUUAGUGGAUAAAAUGGUUGACAGGGGCUUUGUUUCUCGCUCCAUCUAGAAGUACUCUUAUUCUUUACAUUCAUGACUACGAGAAUUAUUCUUCCUACGCUGUCAAUGUCAUGAGUGAUUUGAUACACUAGCUUCUUCGAUGUGUCAUCUUUAAAUGGAAGAAUUAUUUCUUUUUAGUGUUUGAGAUUCAAAUGGUUGCUCUUGCGCUACCGCGCUACGAUGCUGCUUUAGCCAAGACUCGUAGCGAAAGCGGACCUGGUCAAGAAUCACAGUCCCACUUAAACCUUGUAUACGGAAGUUCCCUCUGUCACAAGGCAAUUUUUAAA